UAAAAACAACAUUCGACUUCUAUUUACACACACACCACUUAAGAGCUUCACCAGAAAACGAUAUAACAAGAAAAUCAUACUUCUUACAUAAAUGUUCUGAAAUUUAAAAACAGAUUUUCCUUCAAUAUUCAAAUAAAUAGUAUACAUGGCUAUGUGGGGUUUGCAUUAUCUUCUUGUGGCAUUUCUGAUCACCAUAACUUACGGCAUCAACGCAGAAUCUGCAGGAAUCACGCGACACUACACCUUCCAUAUUCAACUUAAAAACAUCACACGAUUAUGCAAGACAAAAUCAAUUGUAGCAGUCAACGGAAAAUUUCCAGGACCGAAGGUUACUGCAAGAGAAGGAGAUAAUCUCCAGAUAAAAGUUGUUAAUCAUGUAUCCAAUAACAUUUCCAUACACUGGCAUGGGAUCCGGCAGCUAAGGAGCGGAUGGGCGGAUGGACCGUCGUAUGUGACACAAUGUCCAAUUCAGACGGGACAAAGUUAUGUUUACAACUUCACGAUUAUUGGACAAAGAGGAACCUUGUGGUGGCAUGCACACAUUCAAUGGAUGAGAGCCACCGUGUACGGACCAUUGAUCAUUCUCCCAAAACUCUAUCAACAUUAUCCUUUUCCCAAACCCUACAAACAAGUCCCUAUUAUCUUUGGUGAGUGGUUUAAUGCUGAUCCUCAAGCAGUUGUACAACAAGCUCUUCAGACUGGUGCAGGUCCAAAUGCGUCAGAUGCUCAUACUUUUAAUGGGUUACCAGGCCCAUUAUAUAAUUGCUCCACAAAAGACACAUACAAGUUGGUUGUUGUUGGGGAUGGAUUUAACCCAUCCACAAAGCCCAUCGAACAAAGGGCCCAGUCCAGCAAACCGAGUCGACAUCGGCGCAGAAGCCGAUUCUCGAGAGAUCGACUCGACAGGGAGCGCUGAUAGUCGAAGCAGAGAGCAAGCGGAGCGAGGUUGAUCGACUCAACGGCUCAGCGAGCAUCUCAUAAUCAGGCCCGAAAGGCCGACAAAGCCCAAUUAGUAAAAAGAGUUUAGGUUAAGGUAAUCGAACAGAGUAUAAAAGGAGAGGAAAGCAAAGGAGAAAGGCAUCGACACUUAGCUACACAAACUUAGCGGCGAGAUUAGGGUUUAUCAUCCGUACAAUCAUCUCUCUGCUAUUUGUACUUUUCCGGUUUAAGCUCUCACGAGCUCCGGCUUGCUUUUACUUUCUCCACCUUUGUAACAUCAUCUCGAAAUCUAAUAAACGCCUCUGUUCGACCCA